CUAACGCGAACUUCAUUUCCAACACAUUUGAGCGCAAAACAGCACGACUAACGCUUAGUGGAACGACCUAGUCUGUGCUGCUCUUUUUCGAGCGAAUUCGGUUGUAACCAAGCGUUUAUAUUUUUAACAAGCUGCUGUUAGUUGGGAAAGAAAUUAGCACAAACCAAAAGCUUUUUCAAAGGGUUUUAGCCGAAAACAGCAAAAUUAUGUCUACCAGAAAUAAAGUAAUAACAACACUUUGGCUGCUCUCAACGAUUUCUGCGUUGACCAGAAAUAUUGGCAUCCACGCCGCACCCACGGAAUGCAAAUACAUGGAAUCGAGCAUAAUUAGCCGCAGCGCAUGGGGAGCACACCCGCCAAAGGAUCGUUUCACCUUUGAUGGCCCUGCACCUUUCGUCAUCAUACAUCACUCAUAUAAGCCCGACGUGGCACUGUCACCCUCCUGCUGUCGCAAGUCCAUGCUCGAGAUACAAAACUUGCACCAGAAGGAGCGCGGUUGGUCCGAUAUUGGCUACACAUUCGCUAUUUGCGGUGAUGGCAAUGUGUAUGAGGGACGUGGUUUCAAUGUGGUCGCGGCGCAUGCUCCACUCUACAAUAAUCGCAGCAUUGGACUACUGCUAAUUGGCGAUUUCACCGAUAAACUGCCACCACAGUCAAUGAUGGAUAUGGCCAAGGAUUUUAUACGAUAUUCGGUGGAAUGCGGAUAUUUGCGUAAGGACUACAUUUUAUACGGACAUCGGCAAGUGCGCAAUGGCACCGAUUGUCCAGGUGAUGCUUUUUAUGCCGAAAUAAAAAAGUGGCCGCACUGGCAAGAGGAUGUGAAGGAUAUUGCGUAAUUUAUAAUAUAUAAAAGUACGUGUGCCGAUAGUUCUUGAAAUGUGAUUAGAGGACUGGAGAAUUAAAUUUUUUAUCUGUGCAGUAUUCUUAAAGUGAAUAUUUCAUUAAAAACGUUCACAAAUAUGUAUAUAAAUAUAUAUGCCAAAAUCAAAAUAGAGGUCUCCAAUUGUGUUCAUAA